AUGACGCAUCCGUAUUAUCGUUUACGACCGGAUCAAUGGGGUUGGCAAAAUUCAAUACGUCAUAAUUUGAGUCUUCAUGAUUGCUUCGUUAAAUUACCUCUAAAACAAACAUCUGCUAGCGGUGUUGUUGGUCAUUUCUGGACAGUUGUACCGGAGUUAGGUGAUAAGCAAACAUUACGACGACGCAACCGAGUAACAAAUCGAUCAGGCGCUCGUGCAGCAUCAACAAGCGCAGCUGCAGCAGGUGGACAAUUUAAUGGCCGUCUAUCAUCAGUUGAUGGUACCACCAAUGUAGGAGCUGAUAUUAAUGGAUUCACAGAUGGAAGUGGAAUUAGUGAUCAUAGUGGGAGUACAAGUCCUGCUCAUUGUUCAUUUGAUGGUACUCAUAGCGGUAUCAAUGAAUUUCGAUCCAAUGCUACUACGGAUUCGAUGUUGAUCUCAACACAAUCAGUUUUCAAGCCACAACCAUCAUAUACUUCAGCAUUAAGCCAUCAUUUGUCGAAAUCAACUUCAGCAGCAGAAGCGGUAGCAACCGUAUUAGGUACUUCCGGAACAAAUAAUAAUAAUAAUACCAAUCAAAAUCCAUUACUUGCUUUAUCUACACCAACAAGUUCAGCAGCAUUUGUGGGUGCUGCCUUCAAUUCAUCAUCUUUUACCACCGAUGAUUAUAAAUCAUAUACGCAGAAUCUGCUUAAUGCUUAUUUUUACCAACAGGGUUUACUAACAUCACUGCAGCAAUUAGCCGAAGUUGCUAAUCGGGUUAACCCAAUCGCAGCAACAUUACCGGCAUCUUUACUGGGUGCCAAAAUGCCAUUACUAAAUGGAUUGCUCUCAAAUCCGGCACUUUUUUCCUCCCAAAUGCCAAUUGUUAGUGUUGCAACAGCUGCAGCUAUAAAAGCAGCAGCUUUUGGCUUAUCACCCUUACUACCUCUAAGUCUAUGUGGCACAGCGACAACAACAGCAACAACGACCAAUAAUCCGUUUCUGGAUCCGGAACAUAUACCGGGAACACCGAAGAUGUCAAUCUCUACAACAAAUACCCAAUCACAACUCUCAUCCUCCGGUGCUUCUCUAUCAUUUCCGAUUAAGAGCGAAGCGCAGUCAACAUUUAUGUUUUCCUAA